AUGGCACAAACCUCCAAACAAAGUGUUUGCUGGCAAAUUCCAGGAAACGUUGUCCACUGCGACUAUAUAGUAUAUGUACUAACUCCUACUGACCACGAAAAAAUCGACCAUUCAUUUCACAUUUCUGCUAAAAUUUUUCAAUGGAAUUGGAAACUCACGCGUCGUCGUGUUUUGAUAAUCUCAACUCCCACUCUCCUAUUAGGAGUAACUCCUUUAUAGACACUAAUGGCCGGAAAUGCCAGUGGCCUGACUCCACCGGAGCUGGAGAUGAUAUUCCGGUGGAUAAGCCGGCGACACGUCAUGCGAAAGCGGCAAUGACAGUCCAGAAGGUUUACCGGAGUUACCGUACCCGGCGCAUGUUAGCGGACUCUGCUUUGGUUGCUGAAGAACUCUGGUGGCAAGCUAUAGAUCAUGCUCGAUUGAAUCAAAGUACAGUUACAUUCUUCAAUGUCCCCCAACCGGAAACGGCAGCUUCACGGUGGAAUCGCAUCAGUUUAAAUGCUUCCAAGGUUGGUAAGGGGUUGUCAAGAGAUGGAAAAGCUCAGAAACUAGCUUUUCAGCAUUGGAUUGAGGCAAUUGAUCCACGCCACCGUUAUGGGCACAACUUGCAUGUGUACUAUGAGGAGUGGCGUAAAAGUGAUGCUGGCCAGCCAUUUUUCUUUUGGUUAGAUCUUGGAGAUGGCAAAAAGGUUGAUCUUAAAGAAUGUUCGAGAUCUAAGCUUCAAAAACAAAGUAUUAAGUAUCUUGGACCACAACAGAGAGAACAUUAUGAAUAUGUAGUGGCUGAAGGGAAAAUACUUCAUAACCAAACAGGAAAUCAUCUUGAUACAACCAAUGGGUUGCCAGGGGCAAAAUGGAUCUUUGUAAUGAGCACCUCAAAGAGACUCUAUGCUGGCGAGAAGAAGAAAGGAAUAUUUCAUCAUUCCAGCUUUCUUGCUGGUGGAGCUACUUUAGCUGCUGGAAGACUAGUGGUAAAGGAUGGGAUGCUUAAGUCUAUUUCAGCAUAUAGUGGGCAUUAUCGGCCAACUGAUGAUCACCUUGAAAGCUUUUUAUCAUUUCUGAAGGAAAAUGGAGUCAACAUGGAUGAAGUUGAGAUAAAAAAGGCGAAAGACGAUGAUGAAAGUUAUGAAGAGGGACAGUCAUCUAAGAGUCACUCCGCGUCUGAUCUUUCAACUAUAUCAGAAUCCCCUCCUAAUAUUGAUUUUCCGAAAGAAGAGGAAAAAGACUUCCCGUUAGAAAGUCCACAAGCUGAAAAAGCAAGUAGCUAUAAGAGAACACUCUCGGGCGGUCUUGAGAGCCCCAGAGCAGAGGUGCCAAAAACUGCAAUACUGCAAAGGAUAAAUUCGAAGAAGUCAUCAAAGUCAUAUCAACUCGGUCAUCAACUCUCCCUGUCAUGGUCAACCGGUGCAGGCCCAAGAAUUGGAUGCAUUGCUGACUACCCGGCUGAACUAAGACUGCAGGCCUUGGAACUAACGAACCUUUCCCCAAGACCUCAUUCUGGAUCAUCAACUCCUAGGCCGAUUGAUGCGCUUGUAUCACCUACUUGUGCUUCACCGGUCUUGUGCAAUGGUGAUGUAACGCAUUUGUGAAAGUUUGUGUAAAGCCUUUAGUCAUUUUCCAACUUUCCUGCAAACAAGCUGUAGUGAGUGCAAAGCAGUACUAGCUUCGUCCUCCCUUGUUCCUGUUUUGCAACCUGAUGUUAGUUUACUUUCUGAGUUUGUGCUGCCUUUGGUAGUUCAUUUAGCCCAAGGAAAGCAAUAACUAUUUUUAAAAAAAGUUAUUUGAUGCCUA